GUGAAUGUGUGCAGACAGCAAUCCAAAUAUUGCGGCUGAGAACCUUUUGUGAAGUCAAUCUUUUUGUUGCUUUGAAAACGUGUGUAAAAUAAAAAAGACCGAACACAAGUGUUUUCGAUACCAUUUGUAACACUUUUUUCGAUGUAAAUGCAAUCAUUCAUUGAAAUUUGUCUUUGUAUCUUUUUUCUCGUGUAAAUAAUAAAGAAGCUGUGUAAAGAGUGCCGAUUUUUCAAAUUUAAAACUCUGUAUUUUGCGCAUUCCUGGUCUAGUAUUCGGUGGUGACUUGUUUCAGACAUUUGAGCUCAAAGUGAUUUAUUGUACACAAAAAGAAAAUCAACAAACAUUUGUUCGCAAUAUUUCUUAAUUAUAAUCUAUCCGAGUAUAAUUAGUGUUAAUUUUUAAUAUAAACUGUUAUCACGUCGUCGAAACAGCUAGACAGAGAGAGCGCAUUUCGUGAUUUGGUCGUGCGCAAAUUACUUCAAAAAGUUUUCGUUUGAUUGUAAUGAUUGUUUUUAUCUAAAACGCUUGGCCUCAAAUCGGUUUGAAGUUAAUCUAAACGCGGCAAUACAGUACAUAGGUCUCAGUGGUGUCGGUGGUGUUCUCAAUCGUUUGCGUGCCAAGUGAUAAACAGCGAUAAGCGCCAGAUAAUCAGUGUGCGUUUGCGUCAUGAAAAACAGUUUUGAUCAAUUUUUUGCUAUUGAAUACGAAAACAGACACAGAGAAAAAACGGAAAGAACGACACGAUGAAUCAAAUGGAAUCGACUGAACCAACGACGAUGAUCAAACAACGAAGCAACUACAACGUCAUCAAAUCGCUUAAAGAAUACAAUCGAUCACAAACAAACAAAAUUGCUCGCAUUGAACACGAUACAGCAUUGGAUCAUGACGUCGAUGGUGCGUCACUUGAAAGCGAUUUGCCGCAACUGUCCGAACCAAGUGGCAUUGUAAAAACGUUGAAAAAAUUCCCAAUUUAUUACGAAUGGGUGCAAACACUGAUCGAUUACAAUGACGAACUCGUCGAAAUUAUUGACAACAUACAUUCAAAGUCGACGAUGACAAAGGCUACUGCUACGAAGAGUACGAGUUUGAUUGAUUUUAAUGUCAGUGAAUGUAAAAAUGUUCAAUCGACCACAUCGAACAAUCUCUUAUCCGCUGCACCCAAUACCAUGAACUACGAACAAAUUUUAAAUCAAAACCAAAAAUUACACGAUCAGAAUGACGACCUAAAGCGUAAAAUCAAGAAUUUGGAACGACAAAAUAAAGGACUUGAAGAGGCAGCGAUUGAAGCUCGUGUACUCGUUUUUGAAGUGGCCGAACGACAUGAUAUGAUUAUAAAAUUGAAAAAUGAAAUUAACGAUAUGGAACAACAGCUCAAGCAGAAAGAUACUCAUAUCCAAUUUAAAGAUCAAAUUAUCAAAGAAUUGCGACAACAACGACGAACAAAUGUUUCACGGUGUGCGCACAAUUUGGGCAAAACAAAACUUGAUUCGAUUGACAAAGUGGUCGAUUUAAUUCGAACCGUUAGAGAUAUAAGUCCAGAGUCAUCAUCGAAGAUUUGUGAUUGUAAUAAUGAUUCUUACCAAGAAAAAGAAAACCAAACCGACGAUGAAUUGUGUCAAUUGUUCGAUAUCGGUCACGAAUAUGCUAGAAAAAUUGAAUCACAACAAACGGAAAUUGAUAUAUUAAAUGCGGAAAUCAAUAAACGGCAAGUGAACUACGACAAAAUCUCCAAGGCGUAUGCGGCUCUGCAACAGCAGCUGGAAUCGGUUAAAGCAAUAAGUGCCAACUCAAACAACGUCGCUGAUUUUCAGGUCGGAAAAACAGUUGGUUCAACGGUCGAUAGUGCUACAGCCGAAGAAUUUACAACGGCAAUCGCCGAUAAAACACAUUUAGCAAAUUUGAUUACAACACUCAAAUCGGAACUUUCAUCAACAAAUGCACUAUUGAAAAUUAAAGAAAAGGAUUUUAACGAUGCAAAGGAACAACUUAAACGAAUGAAAGGAGACCACAGUGAUGCUAACCAAAGGGUGGCCUUAUUGGAAAAACAAUGUGAAAAUUAUCGAUUAACUAUCAAGCAAUUGGAAGAAAACCUCCAAACACAUUCCGACACAAUCAAGCGACUUGAAGAAAACCAAACAUUUUUAAAAUCUCAAAUGGCUGAAUCUCAGGAAAAACAGCAAAAUUAUCAAAAAUUGAUGGACGAAAAUCGAAAACUAGAAUCAAAUGUAAAUUUCUUAACAACGCACUCAUCGUCGCCGCCCAUUUCCAGUACAUUUACAUGCAGCAAUAAUGUCAGCAGUUCAAAUUCGAAUUGCUCGUGUCACCACUAUCACCACCGGGAUCGAGAAAACUCGGCCGAUAUUCUUGGCGAAAACCUACAAACAUCAUUUCAAGAAAAUAUGAAACUGAAUAAGGUGAUAAUGCUGCUUCGUGACGAAAACAUCGAUUUGCGUGAGCGAAUUAUUGAUGUCGAAACCGAUUAUGUCACACUCGAUGAUUCGUACCGUCACUUUAUAACGGUAUGCAUAAAAUUGAUAUAUCCAAGUUGUAAUUAGUUAGCAAAUGAAAGAAAUUGUACAUUCGAAGGGGAACCAAGAAUACUAUACGGAAUUAUCGAUAAGUCGUGAAUGGACGAUUGAUUCACACAUUUAUUGGUGUCACAGUGAAUUGUCGUAGUAGUAUUUUAUGCUAAGUGCAUAAAAACAGUUAAGUUCCACUAUUCUUCAUCAGCACACAUAAAUUUAC